AUGAGCAAUCAAGAAGCUUCAUAUUCUGGUGAUACAGGAUGCAUUAGUGGCUACUUUCACACUGUUGGGAGCAUUGUUGUUGACAAGUCAAAGUUCUCAUUUGUGGGUUCGAUUCUAGAAGCAAGGUUCCUUGAUGUGCCUACAAGCCUCAGAAAGGGGGGUAAGAAAUGGGAAAAGACAAAGGGUGAUCAAGAGGGACCAUCUGCUCAAACUCAAACCCCAAAUAAAGGACAAGUUCAGACUGAUCCACCUGCACCAAAGAGGCGAAAGGUCAAGAAGCCGUCUCGCAAGUCCAUGUCCCCAACACCAAUUGGAAGUGAACAUUCGUAG